UAAAGUUUCCAGUGAUAAGUUCACACCAGCGAAGUGCGGUAUGAACUUAAAGUGUUUUAGGUGAGAGGCUUCAAGCAGUGGUGAUGGUGAACGUGCAUCAGCUGAAUUACACCAACGCGUCUACAGAUCAAUCGCAGCUCCCUUUCCUUUGGCAAUAACAACGGCGGCCGCCAUGAUAUCCUGGUGCAGCAGAUGUCUGGGCUUGGGAAGCUUGGGCGUGACCAGCCCGAACUCGCCCGUGGCUCAACCGCUCUCUUCCGCCCAUAAGAACCUCAGGCUUCGGCGAUCCAUUGUGUCGAGGCGCGGAGAGCUGACUGACGACUCUGAGGAAGAGGAGGAAGACGUACCUGGCGACCUCAGUGUGUGGCAGGAGCAAUAUGUGGUCAAGCGGCAACCCGGGCUUCAUCCCACUGCCCAUUCCCCACUCCCCGAAACUGUGGUCGUGCAGGUUCAGCCGCCUUCCACGGAAAUGCACAGACCAGAUCUGGAAGACACAGGAAGCAUAUCAAGCUGCUUUUUGCAGUCUCCAGAUUCUACCACGUCCUUCGAUAACGCCAGCGUCUACAGCAGCUACGGGAGCACCACUGUGACCGAUCCCAGUAGCACGAGUAUUAGUAACUUGAGCAACGUGAGCAACAGCAAUCGCGGCAGUAUUGGGAGUCUUGUCAGCUUGAAGAGUUCGGAGAGUGUCGUGCCUUACUGCAACACUAAUGACGGAGAUAGUAACGUCAACCCCAGUCUACGACAAACUACGAACACGAGUCAACCUGAAGCCCCAUUUCAGCAUCGUCCACCAUCGCGACUGAGUCCAGGAACUCGACGGCCACAUCCCAUGUUCUUAACCCCGGAGGAAGCAGCCAAACCCCCUAGUCUGCAGCCAUUAGCCAAGGUGCAUGCUUUCUCUCCUGCACAAGAAAGACUGUGGCUCGGCAAGGGCGUCUUGACAGGGAUCAUGGGGAAAAAAGGGGAGACAUUCGCUGGGGAAUACCUGACGGAGGGACAGAAGACGCCCGUGAAACUUCGAAGCGCAACGACCCUUCGGGCGAUCUCGGCCUUUGAGGCGCGAGUCGACACGAAGAAUAACCCAGUCUGGUACUCCUUCGGGAGGGUAGUUCUGGCGCUCCGCUACCUCUUAGCCAAAAAAGAGCUUGAGGUGAGCGUAGUACAGGUGACGGAAUUGCCCGCCGGGAGGGAAAAGUCGUCCAUUGACUUCCAGGUCUGCGUGAAGCCGGGAAGGAGGAAAACGAGGUGGAUAAAGUCGGUGAAACCAGGACCGAGCCAUGACACCGACGGCAUCGCUGCACAGUGCUCCCUCAAGGUGAUUAUUUGUCUGUCGGUCUAUAAGCCUUGAUGCUCUCAGCCUCUACC